UAGCCUCCGUCGUUGCUAUUAGUAACAACAUAUGUUAAAGUAAGACUCACAAAAGCUCUGUUACCUAUAAACUCAUUGUAAAUAUGGUUUGACGGAAGUCAUCAGUUUUCUUUAGACUGUUUAUUAUCUACUGUUACAAACAGCCACCGCGUAAGCUAAAGCAAGUAGGUCAUCAGUUAGCAGUGAAACCACCUAAUCCGAAACACUGGUUGCCGCUACAGUUUUCAUGUUUACAUCAGCUAGCUGUCACUUAAUGACACAGCCAGUUGAAUAACACGUAGUAAGAGCUUCAGGAAUGUAAAUGUCGGAGGAUAGGGAAGCACAAGAGGACGAGCUACUUGCUCUAGCAAGUAUCUACGAUGAGGAUGAGUUCAACCGGGCGGAAUCGGCUCAGGGGGGAGAGAUCCGCCUCUGCUUGGAACUCCCUCCAGAUUUCAAAGUGGCUGUCAAAGGAGAUAAAAUAACUGAAUAUGAUGUGAGCUACUUACCUCCCUUAAUGCUCAACUUUGAGAUUCCUGCAGAUUAUCCAUCAACAUCUCCACCAGCCUUCACUAUCAGCUCUAAAUGGCUUUCAAGAGCACAAAUGAGUGCUCUGUGUGGACGCUUGGAUGAGCUCUGGGAGGAAAACCAGGGCUCUGUGAUUCUUUUCACAUGGAUUCAGUUCCUCAAAGAGGAAGUUGUGGACUUCUUGGCAAUUAAGUCCCCUCUGGAAAUCAUCAGGGGAGGCAAUAAGGCGGGUUGUGAGCGAAGGAAAGCCGACGCUGCAGCCACAGCUCCAGCAGAAUGUGACAGUAAUUCUGAAAAAGACGAGGAGAAGAAAAGCGAUUUGACGAUAGAGCAACUGGAGAAGCCAUUUUCAUCCUCGUCAUGUCAGCUGGACCCGCGGACCGUCCUCCUGGUUGACCCGCGUGCCGACCUCCUACCUCAGCUCCUGGACUUCGACGAGGCGCAGCGGCAGAAGGUUUUUGACGGCAAGGUGUUCAGCUGUGCAAUCUGCUUCGUGGAGAAGCUGGGUGCCGACUGCCUCUGCUUUAAGGAGUGCCAACACGUCUACUGCAGAGGCUGCAUGACUGAAUACUUCCAGAUCCAAAUCCGAGACGGCAAUGUUCAGUGCCUUAAUUGUCCUGAGCCCAAAUGUACCUCUGUGGCAACUCCACUGCAGGUGAAAGAGCUGGUGGAUGAGGAGCUCUUUGCCCGGUAUGACCGCCUGCUGCUUCAGUCCACCUUGGACCUAAUGGCUGACGUGGUUUAUUGUCCGCGUCAGUUUUGUGGCACGCCGGUGAUGGUGGAGCCAGACACAACCAUGGGCAUUUGUUCGGCCUGCCAGUACGCCUUUUGCACUCUGUGCAAACUGGGCUAUCACGGCGUCUCCCACUGUAAACUCAAUACAGACGAGUUGCGUAACCUGAGAGAUGAGUACCUGUCAGCUACCCCUGCAGCUCAGAAGUUCAUGGAACAGCGUUUUGGGAAGAGAGUGAUCCAGAAGGCAGUGGAGGAAUCCUUUAGCAGAGAAUGGCUCAGUGAAAAUUGCAAGUCCUGCCCUCGCUGUGGAACCAACAUCCAGAAGGACGACGGCUGUAACAAGAUGACCUGCACUUCUUGUAAGCAGUACUUCUGUUGGCUGUGCCUGACCCUGGUCAGCAAGGUCAACCCCUACAGCCACUUCAACGACCCCAAGUCGCCCUGCUUCAACCAACUCUUCCAGGGCGUAGAUGUUGAUGAAGAUGCCUUCUGGAGUGACGAGGACGACUGACAGUGCAGUGCCUCUCUCUUAUACGCGCCAUGUGAAUGCACUUUAUCUCACUUAACCAAGACUUCAUCUACGACCUUCACUACGCCCACAACCCGACAGUUGUCUAUCUCUGUUUAUGUUGAAAUAUGCUCGAGCAUCAUAGAGAUGAAAAUAUUUACUGACUUGUCUUGUUUUUUUUUUCAUUUUCUUUUGAAGAUAUGAUGCAUGUUUUGUCUGAAAAGGGAUUGGUGGUAUUCACAAAUAAGCCACCAGAAGGUUGUUCUGUUAACGGUGAAUAUACUAUCAGUUUCCUUGGCCCAAACUCCUAUUUAGGUGAAUUUAUUGUCAUCGCACAGUAAAGUAGCUCUGAAAUUUUUCUUUAUAUCAUAUUAGAUUGGCUAUACAGAGCUUACUUUAUUUUAUUUUAUUUAAUUGAUUCAAAAUUAGUUAAAAGAUUCUUAUGAUUAAACAAAGAAUUGUUUUGGAUGCAGGAUCCUCACACCGGAGAGAAACCCGGUGAGCUGCAGAUCAUUCACCUUCAGGCUGCUUGAGGACGCUUUUCACACAACACACACAGAAUGACUUUUUUUUUUUUGGUGUGUCUGUUAAUUGGAGUUUGAUAGGAUUAUUUGAUGUGGCUGAGGUGAAACUGAUCUGUUCAGUUGUGGGAAAUGGUUUAGCCGGAGUGCGUUUUUCUGCUCAGAAUGUCAUGAAUGAAGGCAUGAUGGGAGAUUUUGACCACCUUUUCUUCUCGAGGUGUGUGCACCUGCUGGAGAGACAAGUUAUUCAGGGAAUAAAUCCACUGUUGGUGAAAAACAUUUGGAAAUAAGGCUCAAAAUUUAAUCUGCCUUCAUUCAUUACAAUUCAGUUUUAAGUGUUGCCAAAUAUGAGUGUCAAAAUGAGAUCAUAGUCUUGUCUGGAGUCCAGAAGUCUUCAAUGUGUGUUUUUUUUUUUUUUUUUUAAUUGAAAAGAGAUAAGUUGUAUUUCAAAAUGAACAUUAAAUGUGUUCUUUCAUUGAUAAUGAUUUUAGCAGGAAUAGUGCUGGCUCAGGUUUGGCAAAAGAAGAUCUUUUGUUCAGUCAUGACUCACUUUUCCCCAUCGUGGCACCCUGUUGGUCUCGUUCUGCAUCAUGCACACGGAAUAAAACAUGAACGCCUGAAAUGUCCGUUGCAGUUAUUUGAUGUGAGCUUGGAAAAUUCACUUUAAUGUGAGUGAAAUGAUCGUAAUUCACAUGUAUAGGUAUUUCUCAGAAAAAAACAUUCUUCCUUCAUUAGGAUGUUAAAACAAUGUUGUUCAUAGCUAAAAAUUAUUGGGGUUUUAUUAAGUUGUGUCAGUUGCAUGUGAGCUACACAAUGAAAAUGAUGAAUACACUGCCCAAUAAGUACUUCUUUAAUACCUUUACAUAGUGUCCUGAUGUCUUAAAUAAAGUAAAUAACACUUUUUACAGGGAUCUACUUUAAAGUAAUCAAAUUUGACAAGUUGACAAUACAUAUUUUGUAAUAACUGUUAUCUCAAUUUCAAUAAUAAUGAAGGAAAUGCUGAAACAACAGUAAAAGGAAAAAAAAAAUAACCAUGAGGCCAGCAACAAGAAGCUGUAUUUGUUUGGUUUUAUCCAGAGAUGUCACUUUUUUUGUCUCACAUUUUUCCAGACUUACAGUCAAGAGAUUAUCUUUCCAAAGAAAAUAUUAAAAUGUGUCACCACAUCACCAAUGGA